AUGAAGUAUGAACAAUGUCGGGGAAUAUCUGAGCUGGAAAUGGAUGCUGCCAACGAGAAUAGCUGGUGGAUGAUCCCUGAAAACUUUGAGUCUCCAUUCGUGUUCUUCAUAGAUGAGGACCAGGAGCAGCACAUAUUUGGCCAUGGUGACGAAUACCUCAGAUGCAUUGAGGAACACAGCAACACCUUCAUUCAACUGGAGAGAUGGUUCACACCUUCAGGCCAGACUCGAGUCACAAUGGUGGGACCAUUCAGAGCAAAGCAUUGGUUGGUGGAUAUGAUUUGGAACCUGUGUAACCAGGAAGCUUGCCACAGGGCCCGAGGCCAAGAGAUGUUGGAUCUUGUCCGGGAGCAGCCUCUGACCAGAGCUCACUUGGAUGCCUCCCUCACACUGCAGGCACGUGACUGGUGACUGGGGCCUGUUCUUCAUAUCAAGGAUUUAGUCACCACCUGGGACUGA